CGGGAUAUCACGCAGGGAGACGAUGAACGUGGAGACCUGCGGAGGACGGGGAGCCAGAGGAUGCCCCCCUGGGCUGCCCAGUGUCACUGACCUGUGCCUCCACCUCACUUCUGCGCUGCCAUGGCCACGCUAGAGACACUGCCUGUUCUUAGUGACUCAACCUACCCCAGCCCGGAGAACUUCCGCACUUUUGCUCACCGGCCAUCCCAACCCAUCUCCCAGAGCACCAUGGGGAGCGUGGGCAGCGGAGUCGCCAAUGACCAAGAGUUCGCCAUGAAGAGCGUGGGGACCCGGACGCAGAGCAGCGGACGGCAGACAGAGGGGUCUCGCAACGGGUACUCCACGCGGGAGAUCUCCAACCGCUACUCUGGCGAGGAGAAGACAUACAAGACAGAGAAGGUCUCCAAUUCUCUCUACAUCAAUGGCGACCUGCGCAAGAAUGAGAAGGUGAAGAUGGACAUCUGUGGGAAUGUGACCACCAACAACGAGAAGAACAUGCCGCCUCCUCCCCAAUACCGAGAGCCCAGUAACCCACCAAAGAUAUUGCCAAUCUCCGGCAAACUAGACCAGAGCAAUGAGCCCUUAGUUAGACCCUCAGCCUUUAAACCAGUAGUUCCUAAAAACUUCCAUUCCAUGCAGAACCUCUGCCCGCCACAGAGCAACGGGGUGACAGAGAACAGAAAGAGCUUGAACCAUGCCAACAGCAAUAGCCCAUCCGCACCCAAAAGUGGACUCGACAAGAGCAGCCUUAACAGGACUACAAACCAAGUGGGGGGUCUUUCGGAUUCAGGCCGUAACUCGUUAACGAGCCUGCCCACAUAUGGGACAGGCUACAGCCAGCACGUGGGUCCAAUGAGUGCCUCCACGAGCCACAUCAACCGCAUCGGUACAACCUACGUGGACAAGAACAUUGUGGGAUACAACGGGAUAUCUACCUCAGACAGCGGGCGGUCUUCAAGCAAGAGCACCUCUUCGUUCAACAGACUGAACCAUCUCAAUGAAACGAUGCCUUUCCACUCGCCUUCAACAGACGACAUCAUUCAAGACCUGGAAGACCGGCUGUGGGAGAAGGAGCAGGAGGUCCUCCAGAUGCGAAGGAACUUGGACAAAAGUGAGGCAGCCAUCUUCCAAGUGUUCGAGGAGAAGCAGAAGAUCUGGGAGAGGGAAAUGGAGGACCUGAGGCAAAACUAUGCCAACAAAUUGCAACAGGUGUCCAAAAAGGCGCAGCGGGCUCAGCAAGCCUUGCAGCUCCAAAUCUUCAAGCUCCAGCAAGAGAAAAAAAAACUCCAAGAUGAUAUGGGACAACUCCUCCAGCAACGAGAGGAGCUGGAGAAGAAAUUUGUAGCUUUCAAGAAGGAACAGGCUGAGUUUCUCCCAAAGAUUGAAGAGACCAAGUGGGAGGUGUGCCAGAAGGCAGGUGAGAUCUCCCUGCUCAAGCAACAGCUGAAGGACUCCCAAGCAGAUGUCUCCCAGAAGUUGAACGAGAUUGUGGGACUGCGGACACAGCUCAAGGAAGGUAAGAACUUCCUACGGGAGAAGGAGGAGCAGAUUCUCACCCUGAAGGACUCCUACAGCUCCAAGAGCGUCAACUUGGAGAUCUGUGAGAGUGAGCUGCAGCGGAAAAUGAGCGAGGUCCAGGUGCUGAGGGAAAAACUUAACCACUGUGAGCUGGAGGUCUCCGGCCUGAAGCGGACACUUGCCAGCAUGGGACCUCCAGGGCCUUUUGGUGGGGACCUUGGUGAGAAGCUGCGGGACCCACUGGCCUGUGAGAGUGACGAAGCCAAGAUGCAGCGGCAGAGUGAGGACAGCGUCAACACACUGCGAAAGGAGGUGGAGCGGCUCCAGACGGAGCUGAAGCUGGAACGGCAGCAGCGGGAGCAGCAAGUGAUGGACUUUGAGGAGGAGCGGCGCACAUGGCAAGAAGAAAAGGAGAAAGUCAUCAAGUACCAGAAGCAGCUGCAACUGAACUACGUGGAGAUGUACCAGAAGAAUCAGCUCCUGGAGCACAAGGUGAACGAGAUGAACACAAAGGCCACCAGCCCCCCACACACCGAGGAGAAAAAACAGUGGACUCCCUCCAGACUCGAGCGAAUAGAGUCCACCGAGAUCUGAGGUGGGACCAAGACAAUACAACUUAAGUUUUUUAUUGCUGUGCAUGUACUACCUACUCAAGCCAGUGAUCUUCCGAAGGAUAAUACGCUACCGUAGGAGCAGUGUGAGUCCACUCGCACCAAGCUCUGUCACCCUUACUCUAUACUUCUGUGCUCUGUAGGUAAAAUAACUGUGGAUGUGCGUUGUUUUUCUAUCAAUAAUGCGACAUCUCUUUUGGGUUUUUUCCUAGUCAAGCUGGUGAGGGUCAAUUGGCUCUUUUGUAAUCUGCCGUGACUGUUACUUCGCUAGAGGCUGCCAUCCCCUCUCCUACAAUUCACCCCUUUUCGGUUGGUUGUUUUGGAGGGCUCUAUUUGUUUUCUUUGGUUUUCCAAGUAUUUGAGUGCAGCAAAACAGUUCAAAGUGGCAGGUGUUUUUUUUUCAGAGCAUUUUUAGCCACAUUGGCUAUGGAGAAAAUCUCUCGGGAUCAUGAGCAAACUCACUGUUCUGCAUCAAGUAUCCUGUCUAGACGGUGGUCUUAGUGAAGUCAGUGCAAGUUUGGCCACUGAUUUCAGUGAAACCAGACAUAUCUCUACCAGAUGACUCCUUCUUGCCAGCCCAUGUCUGCCAUGGUUGCAAGAGGUUAGGACAUCCUUGAGGAGCAGGAUGAGCCUGUCCUGGUAACAUAAGCCAACAUGGAAUGAUUCCCCAGCAGAAGCCUCUUUGGAAGCUCAGCAGAGCUUGACAUAUGCUGUGUUUUCAAUUCAUUGUGGUUUCCUCCUGCAGUUCCACUUCUCUCCUGGGUUAUGACCAGCCCUGGGAGCAGAAAUGCCCUCCCACCUCUGCCUUGAUCCCCCUAUACUUAGCAUAUACUCAAGCUGGCUACAGCAAGAAAAAAACCUGGAAAUCCAAGCUAGUUGCCCUUCCUGAGGGCCCUUUUACUUCCCAAACUCCAAUGGAAUCAAGGUUUGGGGAAGCCUCCAAGUCUGCGGGACGUUUAUGCAAACUGAAGCUUUAGCAAUUUGCCCCAACAAUGGGUAACUGUGCUGCCCCAUUCCCAAAUGAAUGACGCUUCAGUGCACUCUUUUGGUCCAGGGUCUACUUAAGAAGUGGCACCCGAGCCUCACUCAGGAGCUGCAGUGAGCACAUAUCAGCAUUACCACUAGACUGCAACGGGGCAAGCAUUAGCCUUCAGUACAGCCAUUUCAAACAGCACCCAGAGCGAUCCCACGUGGCAUCACACAUUCCAGGGACAGCGAUAACACAGGCCUAGCUUAAGAAAAUACUCAGCAACUAUCUCUGAGCACAGAAGCAGUCGCAAGAAGGGAAAAUGCUUAAGAUCCUGCAAGUGCUUAUGCCCUGGCAGAAUAAUAACCACACCCUGUAUGCACAGUCACCGAGAAUGGCGCAGACAUCAAAAAACAGCAUCCAGCUUUAAAAGGUGGGUUUGGCUUUCCCUUUCAUGGACACUUUUUUACUGUGGUCCAUAGCAAAAGGUAAAAAAUUUUGCAAAGUGGAGUUUUCACUGACUGGGCAGUGGCCAAAGGAUCAACGCAAGUGGAAAUUUUGGCUCUUUGUUCUAGGGAGCAGCUAGAAGAACAAAGCUAGGAUAAGCACUGGAAUGUCUGUGAGGUGACUCCAGGGAGAGAUUGGCCAGAUCACAUUUCAUCUGCAUGCCAACAAAGAACCUCAGGGUGUUAAGGGGUUGAAGACCUUCCAGACAAAAAGCCCUGAAGCUACUCACUUUCCCUGUUUGCUUCGCCAAAAGCUACCCCCUCUCCAUCACCAGGUCUGACCUUCAAGUUGGGAUCAAACAUUGUUGUGGUGAGCUCCAGACUGAGUAAAGAAGCUAAGCAGGAGAGAGGAGACUCUAGUUAGUCCCACCAACCUCCAGCCAAGGUCAACAGACAGUAUUACUGGGCAGAAACUGUUUGUUGGUGGCUGGCUGCAAUUCCUGGAGCCGUGGAAAAUGGAGAUGCGUGAUAAGACCAGAGUAUUUCAAGACCCUAGUUGAAUGCACCUGGCUUUUCCUGCCACUUCUGCCUGUGCCUUUGGAGCUGGAGGAAGACACAACCCAUCAGCCUGGAAAACAUCAGAGCAGCUCAGGCUAAGCCCCCCUCCCAGGACCAGGCACAGAAAGGGGGGACUAGGUCAAGUCUUACCCCUGAAGGGUGUGGAGAGGAGUCACACGAUGAAUCCUUCAGACACUCCAGUGCUCUUGGAUAUCAGCCCGUGCACCCCACCGAGGAAGGAGUACAGCUGUCUGCCAGCCUCACCCAGCAGCAGACUUUGCCAUGCCAAGGGAGAUACUCACAUGUGCUGCACAAACUUACACUUGGCCGGGCAAAUCCUAGAGCUUCCUGCAUUUCAUACACCGGGCCUUUGAGACAGAGUCAAACAUCCCGCAAUGUCAGGGUUGGAGAUUUGGUGUCUCAUGUAAUCUCGUCUUUCUGUGCCUCUCUUUCCACAUCAGAUAAACCCACGCUGUCUUCCUUCCCAAAGCAGUUGUGAGACAUCUGUGCUUGUGAAGGGCUUUGCAGUCCUUGGGCAAAAGGGCAAAGCAUAGAAAAUUGCAAGAGGCUUAGUUUCAGAUGGUUGUGUGGUUUUUUGAGGCAACCACAUGAAAAGCAAGCCCAACAGCAAGUGCCCUCAUCAUAAGAUGGGUCCAAUAACCUGGAAGGGCACUUCCACCUCUGCUCCUUCUGGCCCUGCUGACAUUGAGGUUGAUUUCUCACUAACCAUCGCAGAAACCAGCAUUCAGUUGGUGGCUCAAAAAUACCCAGAGUGACUGAGUUUCAAGGAUCUGCUGUUGAGGAAGUGUACACUGCAGUUCCGCACUGCGUUAACACUUAAGAGGAAUGGACACCGACGUCACCCUUUGGGAUACCUUCUCAACAGAGCUCCUUGCUAAUCCACGGGCAGGAGAAGCAGGGGCUUCCCGCAUGCCUGGAUCCAGUCAGCAGCAAUCAGCCAAGCCCUCCAACAAGCCAGGUUUGCUCCCUCAGCUUUUUCCUAGAUCUUUUCUGCACUGGUGCCAGAAAUGAAUGUGUCUUAAUAGACCCAGGGAAGCCUGGAGGCAUACGGGUUUGUCUGACUGCUGGAGGGUACUGGGCUACCCAGGGACUCAAUAGCCUCACAGUGCAUCCAUCCGGGACUGCAGAGCUCCUUGGGAUGGAGCAGGGGUGGCAAGGAGAGAUGUUUCACCUUGGAGGAGGAAAGGUAUGCUCCCUUCACUGUCUUGUUCACUGCAUCAUUUUGAUCUAGAGUUUCAAUCCAGAUCUGAGAAACCUCGAUUGUGGCCAUUCCCCAGAUAACAGAGCUUUGCAGACACCCAUUAAGAUGCUGUGCUGUUGAUGAUGGUUUUCCGUCUCCUGGGGUGAACCUAGCAUCCCCCAAGCAUUCAAUGAUCCUGCAGAAACCACCCCUCCUGUCCUACAGUGACAUAAAAUACAGAUGUUUUGGCAAGUGCCCCAGUCAAACUGCCAUGAAGAAUUCCUGCUCUUCAAGAAUCCUCCCCACAACUGGAUGCACUGCUUCCCAUCAUGUCCUCUCCCAUGUGCUAGCACUGUGUGGCCACAUGCUGGUAACCAGCCUCUCUUGGAGGUGACUAUCCUUUGCUUAGCAGGGAUGGGGCAAAAUGAUGGUGGGACACAUGGGUUCCUGUUGUUUGUGCUCAGAAUUGGCACAAAUGGGAGCUCAUCUGGCUCUUUCCAGAUCGUAACCCUUUUACCUGUUGACUGGAUGAAGUUUCCCAUCACAAGCUUGGUGUGUGUUGAGGCCCUGGGGUUUUAGCCUUGGAGCAAGAUAGCCAAGGGGUGCCAGACUGUCGUUUUGAUGACAUAUCCUGGGAAGGGCCAAGGAAGCUGACAUCUUAUGUCUUGGAGGCUCAGGCAGUGCUGAUAAAAUAUUUCUGUCCCAUGAAACUCACCUCACAACUUGGGUUUGACUAUAACCCAGCUGUCUCCUCCUCUGCUCAGCCAGCUCUCAAGCUGAUGGGAUUCAGCGUGACAUACUGGCUCACAUGUAAUUCUCCAAGUACUGCCCUCAAAAUCUUGCAUGUGGUUAGUCUCUCCACUGAAACAACAUCACCUAUAAUUUGCCAUUGGCCAACAGCAAAAGCUGUGGUGGCAAGGGUCUCAGGUCAGUUGCCCACACAUGGGGUCCAGGGACCUUAGAGAUGCUCUGGGAUACCUGAUACAUGGGGCUGGCAAACAUGAUCCAAGACCUAUGGGAGAGCCAGGCCAGUAGCGGGAAGACCUGGAGCAUCUCUAGUGGCACAUCACCCAUGUUCAGGCAACAGAGUCAUGCUCCAGGCAUGUCCAUAUUGUCAUUACGUGAGCAAACAGAGGACACUGAUCAGCUCCAGCAAUUUCCAUCAUUGAUGAUUUGGGCUAAGCAGGCUAUCCUGGUGCCAGGGAAGGUCUAAGCAGUCCCUCUUGCCACUUGCUGUGAGUUGGGUUGCUUUGCUCCAACAUCAUUUCAAGGUUGGUAGCUGUUGCUGUAAGAUGCUGCCCUGGCUGGGCUAGUUCCCCUCACGCUGUCAGCACUCCUGUCUCGCCCCGGGGUGUGAACACCACAACCAUGGUGCGUUGUUGUGCUUCACACAGUCCCACUUAGCUUCUGCCACUGUCUCGUGGCAGCCGGCUGCACUGUCUUGCUGUCGCUGGCGUCACGCCGGAGGGAGAUCACCUCCGGGCUUCUGCACUCAAAAUAGGAAUCUAAUUGUUGCUCCUAUGCUGCUACGUUAUACGGAGACAAGUGUACUUGGAUGUAAAUAACAGCCCAGCUCUGUAUAUACAAUGAUUAAAUGAAGAGACAAGAAAGCUCUGUGGCUUCUAUAUCGGUAAGCGGGAUCGAUCAUAGCAGCCGAUGCUGCAUUCAAGCACUGAGGGCUACGUGGAGAAUGCUCAGCACUCCCUGAGCUUUUGCUGGCUGCAGUGGAAAUGGGGGGAUGAAAGGAGGGGUGGUGGUGGUGUCAGGACCUCCCAGGAAGGCAAUUAGCUUGGAACGGGCUCUUACAGAGUAGCCUGCUGUCACUCUGUCCUGCUUUAAUGCUUGCUGUCAUCCUGAGCCAGGAUUUGCAAUUGUCCCCUGGUUAAGGCUGGUGGUUCUCAGCAGUGUCCCCCCUCAGCCCUGCUGCCCAUGCACUCUGCCCAUGGAAAGGAACAACCCACCGCACUCCUGCCCCUCGAAGUGUCACUUUAUAGCUUGCUCAAGACAGUGAGCUCACAAGCAACAUGACCAAAGAUCUCCAGAGGGCUGCAUGCUUGGAGCUGCCUCCCAGCUUUCCUGGGGAGAGAUGAAGCCGGUGUGGACUGGAAAGGGGGAACAAGAGCUGGCAGGGGACAGGAGAGGGCUUGGAUUCCUAGGUGUCCCACCUGGGAAUGUUUGCAAGGUCAUGAGAGGCCUUUCCUGUGCUAGAUAGGACAGGGUAGAAAGGAGUUGAGCUGAUUGUCCCCAGUUGGUUAUAUCAGUAUCCCCCAUGGCCAUGCCAAUUAGCUCCAUGCAUUGCCCAGGGAGAGUGUGAACCAGGGCCUGUUCCCAGGGGGCAGAAUGGAUGGAUGCAGCUCCCAUUUUUCCUUGGGGAGAAGAGGGGAUGCAUGUCAAGCCAUUACACCUGUCUUCAGGGCCACAAGUCUCCUACGCUUUAGCAGCAGACGUUGCUACAGUCAGCGUGAAUUGGUCAGGAAAAAUGUGUAUCCUGAGACCUGGUGGUCCUACUGGCUGCCCCUUUGCUGUCUUCUCCCCAGCUCACCACAAGGCAUCCUCAGCACCCUCCUUACCAGGAAACCAUCUUCUGAGGUGAAGACACAAUGGUCUUUGCUUUUUCUGUGUGGGGUGCUGAAGGCAUAUCUGCCCACCUUAGCUCCAUGAAGGCUCUUGAACCUGGUUCCAACCUUGGCAAGUGGGGCACGGACCAGUGGCAGAUCUGUACUCCCCGAUGGGUGCUUGGGUGGGUCUGGGCCUUGAGCACAUAAUACCCCUUCACCACUCCUCCAUUCCCCAGCUGUGCUAAGCCUUCUCUGCUCUGUUCCUACCAAGACCAUGAAAUCCUGCUGAUGUGCAGUGACAGCCCUCGCCUCUGCCCAAAUGGCAGCAGGUCCAACUUGCCAUUAUUCUAACCCAACCCUUCAGCUAAACCUUGAAAGUUACUUUCUAGAGUUACUUUUCAUCAAGACCCCUUGCUAAAGAUCUGCUCAUCAGGUUACCUGUGUCCUGCUUCUCUUCUGCCCAAGCUCUCCAGACUCCCCUGCUUUCUUUUAGAUCAUUACCACCCUCAUUGUCCCAGGAGCAGUCAGUGCCUCUCCCAGUACUCUCACAGAUACGUCUUACCAAGUCAGAGCUGAUGCCCAAAGCCCCGACUAAGAGUGAUGUGUCCCAACUUGCCCUCAGAGGGGAUUUCUAGUCUACUGGUCCCCACCUCUUCUCUCUGUCAUUCCCAGGUCAGCUAGAUCAGCCCUGCUUUACCUCCAAGAGCAAUCUUGCUUCUAGGUGAAGGACAACCCCAUGGCUUGCAAUCACUUGAGAUGACUGCAUGGGGCUUCACACCAUUGCAAGAGCACACCCAGCCAGCUUCCCUGGGCUUCCCUGGUCCUUCCACCCACUGGAAAGACAGAGGCGUGAGGGGUGUAUGAGUAUCCCUGGUCUCUUCAGGCACACAGUACCCAUGACAACUGGUUGCCAGUGUAUUAAGAGGUUGGGAUCACAUUCAGUUGUUUACAGAUGUUGGCUUCCCAGUAGGAUGUUCCAUGCUGGCAGUGCCAGCAUGGAACUGCCAGAAACACCAGAAAUGAGCCUCUGCAUUUCCAGGAUAAGCCUCCUCCCUGGUUCUCCCAAUGAAGGGGAUUGUGUCAGGUCUGGAGCCUGGGACAACCUCUAACACACAGGGUUGUGUUUUCAUGGCUUUUACAGAUCUGUUUUCUCAGGCAGAAAGUCUUUGCUUUCUGUCUCAAAGCAAUAGGUUUUUCUAGAGAGAUUUAAAAGGGACUACUCCCAACUCUGAUACCUGCAGGCAAGCCAAUGUUCCCUUGAAUACCUUCAUAGCUCCAGCCCUGGGGUCUCCUCCUUCAGAAAGGGAUGUGAGGCCCAGUCUGGCUCCAAAUAAUCACCAACAGUUUAAGCUUGGUGAUUCCCAUUCACCCAGAGAGCCUGAAGCUGCCCAUAUCCAGCAGGCCACCAGUCUGGGUGCCCAGGAGGUGUGGUCCAUCCCCCCUCUGGUGCCCAUCCCAUGACUGUUACUGGGUCUGGCAGCAGGUCUUCUCCAUUAGCUCACCCACAUGGGAGCCACUGGGUCCCCUGGGGCAUCUGAGAUCACAGAGUCAUGUUCAGUGACAGCCAAACACCAGUGGGAGACCAUGGCGCUGGCUCUGCUGUUCCUGAAACCCAGGCUGUCCUAGGAGCCCUCUCAGAGCAGAAGGUCCCCUUUCCCCCAUGGGUUGCACGUGGGUUCCCUUUCAGCGGCCGAAGGGAGCAAAACAUGCGCAGGCAGGGCUCCACCACCGGUGCAGAAAUGUUCCACCACCGGUGCAAAAAAAUGCUGCACAACCGGCCAAUGUGUCUAUGCAGUCCCUUUCCACGCAGCGGUGUCCCCGCAGAGCCCAGCCCAGGGCUGGAGCUCCUCCAAGGUGUCUUCGUUUGCACUCACUCGGACCUGGUAAACGCUGUGAGCCAAGAGGAACCCCUCUUGGUCUUUGCCUUGCACCGGGCAGUACGCUUGUGAGGGUUUCCUCAUCCUGAAUCGAUGCACGUUGCUUAGUUGCCUGUCUUCUGCGUCUGUUCUCCAACAGAUCAAUAGGUGUCCCCUCAAAACCCAGCUCCCCUAUGGGAGAACGUCAGGUUGGGCCAGCUGGGACUCCCGAGCAAGCCUGCUGUCUGAUUUCACCAGCAAUAAAAGCCCCGCGGAGGAGCAGACAGAGCUCCCCGCCGCUGCUCCACCGCUGGGUGAGCUGCAGGCUGUGUCUGUGUGUAGGACCUCUGCAUUAGAUCCUUCGUCCAAUGUUUUGGAGACCUACCUGACUGUAAAUUCAGUCCCAGCCUUGUGCUUUCUUUCCUCUUGUUUGUUUCUUGACGCCUCGGUCUCUCUCUCCUCUUACUGUGAAUUCAAACCAGAAGUGUUCUGAACUCGACUGCGUUACUGUUUUGUUUCUGCGUUGACUGUUGCUGGUUCCCCGAACUGCGUUUAAUGAGA